CAUGCAGGGGAGGAAAUGGGCGGGUGAACGGAGUGGCAACAGUGUCAAAAUGUAUUAACCUAGGUUAGUUAAUUCAUACGCUAACUGUAAGUUAAGAAUGUGUGUUUCAGUGCUGGUGUUCAUUGGCAAUUUCUGUGUUUUUAUCUUACAAAAACGGCUUGUAGCCAAGCAUUGCUUGGCAUGAGUUGCAAGUUGUGAGGCUUUUUAAUAGGUGCAUGUAAAUACAUACCACAGGCUAAAUAGCUGUCAGGGUGCACAGUUUUCGUCAUCGGAGUUAAUCUGUCUGGAUGACAGUACACGAACUUAUGUUAAAACUACCGUUUUAACAACUAGGCAAGACCUGGUCACUAACGCUAACUGCCAGGUUCUUAGCUAAUGUGGCUGACAGACCGUCGUCAGAGCCGUUCUCGUAUUUCUCCUGAAAGGGUGUUAAUUGUACACAUUUCAUUGCUUUGCUCAGUUGCGUUUCAUAGUGAAAGGGAAUGGUGGAAUCGAAAAUCGCAAUGCUUUUUGUUUUACUAGAGAGGAUUAUCAGGAAAGGGAACAGCAGUUCAUGGAAGACAAGAAAAGGAAGAAAGAAGAUAAAAGGAAAAGGGAAACCUCACAGAAGGUGGUCGAGCAAAAAAACAAAGUGCCAGAACUGACCAAGCCCCCAUCUGCCCAGUCUCUUGCCACCCCCAACUCUGUAUCCCCCAACCCUGGCCCUGUCCCUUCUACAACCUCCUCCAUUGCCACCCCGGCUGCUGGCACCCCCCCUCAGGGUGGGAACAAUGCUAAGCGGCCGGUGGUGGCCAACGGACAGCCCUCCCCCAGCACCCAGGCCCCCCAGCGAUACAUGCCCCGUGAAGUGCCCCCUCGAUUCCGUUGCCAGCAGGACCACAAAGUGCUACUGAAGAGGGGCCAGCCACCACUGUCCUCCAUGCUGCUGGGGGGAAACAACAGCGGGGGAGACAGCCCCAAUGCAGCAGUGGCUGCUGCCUCAGACUCCAGCUUGGGUUCUGCAGGUCCAGCUGCUUCCUCUCUGUCCCACAUGUCAUCCUCUUCAUCAAUCGCUGCUUCUUCUACUACUACUACUACUUCUUCUUCUUCAAAUUAUGCAAAUUCCAUGUGGGGGGCGAGCUCUGGCAGCCAGCCCCUCUCUCAGGGCAGGGAGAAGGUGAUAGUGGAUGGGUCGGACCUGGAGGAAUGGCCCAGUAUUGCUGCUGGAGAUGGGGCCAGAACAGUAGAGGCAUCAGUUACUGGAGGAGCAGAUGGCAGUGGAAUAUCGAACUGCAGUUCCUCAUGGGGUGAAAGGCAUCUCCAGCAGCAGCCGAAGGUUGUUGGAGGAGGGAAUGAAGGUGGCAAAUGUGUCAAUUCUGGUAGCCCCUCCCCACCUUCAUCCUCCUGUUCAACCAAUGAAUGUAUGCAACCUAGUAGUGUUGUUUGGGGGUCCCAGGGAGUCAUAGGAGGAAAUGCAGUAGCAGCAGGGUCAUUGCCCCCCCUAUCCAAAGCUUCCCCACUCCCAGGGACUGAGUGCUCUGUUGGUGUCAGCUGCGGAAUUCCAGGUGCCAACUUUAACCCUAAUGCCAAUCCCUCUGCCUGGCCAGCCCUGGUACAGGAUGGUGCUGGUGCAGCUGCAGUUGAGGGUGGACCUUCUCCUCUCCAAAGCUCAAUGUCAUUGUCUGCCAACAACUCAAUUUCUGUGAAUCAAGCCUCUCAUCAGCACCAACAUCACCAAAUGCAAUACAGAGACGUAGAGCCAUCCUGUAGAGAGUGGGGUGGUACAGCACUGGAGCCAGGAGCAGGACCAAAAAACACAGCAGUGAAGGAAGGGGGCGAUGUUGAUUGUGGAAGUACAGGAGGAGGGGAUGUCUCUGCCUCUUCUUCAUCCUCCACAUCUUCAUCUACUUGGAGAGUUCAGCCUUUUCCUGCAAAUUCCAAAAUCGGUGCCUCUAGAACUGAGACUAGGGAGGGUGGAACUGGGGGAAGCUCUCUCUCUUCUGAAGGGGGACACUCAUGGGGCUUCAGCAGACAGGACGAUAAACAGGGUGGGAGUACAUGGGGCACAGGAAGUGGUUGUCAGAUGUCUGGGGUAUCUCAGGGAGCAUGGGGUGGGGGAGUUGGGGAGUGGGGUAAUUCUAGCGGUGUUGGCAAUCCGAUUGGGGGAAAUGUAGAUGGCUCAAGCAGUAACAGCAGCAGCAGCAGCGGCAGCAUUAGUAAUCCUUCAGUUUCUUCCUCCACACCUUCAACUAUGACUAGAGCUUGGGACAAUCAGAAAGGUGCUGGAGGAGAUGGAGGGACAGGUGACUCCAGUGAGUGGGUAGGCCAGAGCAGCGGAGGUGGAGGGGGUACCUCAUCAUCCAGUGGUGGAGGAAACACAAGAAGUGGCAAUCAGCAUCAGGGCCACCACCGCUCUCAUCAGCCUCCCAAUGCUGAAGUGGCCUUACAAAAUCUGCUCAGUCGGACCGACCUGGACCCCAGAGUGCUGUCCAACUCUGGUUGGGGGCAGACGCAAAUCCGACAAAAUGUUGCAUGGGACUUGGAAGGAGAAGGAGGAGCAGCGGCAGGUGGAACUAGAUCUUCUAUUACGAUGAACACGCCAAGCCAUCCACCUUAUUCUGGCCCUACUGGAACAUCAACCACUGCCCCUUCAUCUUCAUCUCUGCUCCCUGACGCAGCUCAAAACACAAACUUGAACUCUAAUUCCAUCCUUGGACCUGCUUCUGUCUCGCCUGGUGAAGGCUGGGAUAACAACAGCAGUAGCAGCAACAGUUCGUCUUUGCCCAGUCGAGGUCCACAAUCCUCUGGCAACAGUAUUCAAAACCCUAGUGUUUCUCAGUCCGGAGGUGGAGUGGGUAAUUCAGCAGGAGGGCAGAGCAAGCCUUUUGGGGGCUGGGGAGAGUCACAUCCAUCUGAGAGCCAAGGAAAAGGUUGGGGCAGUGAGGGCCAGGAGUGGAGAGAUCACAUAGCAGGGAGUGGGUCAGGUGGAUGGGGAGAUUUUCGACAGCAGGGUACUCCAGCAGGUGGAAACUGGGGAAACAGUCAGGAGGAGAAGGGGACUGGAGGUUGGAAGGAGAUGGGAAGAGGGGAUGGGGGAAACUGGGGACAAAGAAGUGGUAGUGAAUGGGGAGAGCGGGAGUGCAAAACAAGCAGUGGGGGUUGGGGUGAUGGGAAGGAUAGUGGAGGUACAAGUGGGGAUUCAGAAGUGGGUACAUGGGGCAGCUGGGAUGAAGGGGCUCCAAGGAAAUCUUGGGGAGCAGGAGGUACAGAGACAGGGGGUGGAGGAGUGGACACGGCAAGCAAAUCUCACUCGGGCUGGGGUGGAAACAUGCACCUUUCACAGAUGCCAAACAGCCAAACGGCCGCUCUGAAAGGUCAGGCACAACAGCAACAACAAUCACAGCCCCAGCAGUCAAAGUCGCUGGAUGCAGGGGCCAUGCAAGGGGGCUGGGGAAGACAAGGAGGUUCUUCAGCCCAGAACCAAAGUUCAGGAUGGACCUCAGGGCCCAUACCCCAAAUAUCCAGUGGUCCUGGAAGCAGUUCAGAGGCCAGUGGUUGGGAGGAGCCUUCGCCACAGUCAAUAAGCAGAAAAAAGGAAAUAGAUGAUGGUACAUCUGCUUGGGGUGAUCCUAAUAACUAUGUCUAUGUCAAUUAUUGGGACAAGAACGACAGGCCAUCUGGCCAACCAGUGCAGUCUCAGCAGCAGGGGCCUGCUCCACUUCCACCAGGAAGAAUGCCCCCAGGCUCUGGGAACAGGGACAUGAAUCUCACACACUCUUCCAACAAAGGCCCCGCAACAGCUCAAUCUGGAUGGGGAGGGAGCAGUUCUCCUUCCAGUCCGUGUGUGGACAACGGCACUGCAGCUUGGGGCAAACCCGCUGACACACCCACCAGCUGGGGAGACUCGAAUGACAGUGGAAAUGCCUCGGGGUGGGGAAACCCCUCCCCUAACCCAAUCAAAUCUGGUUCAAAGUCUAUGCAAGAAGGCUGGUGUGAGAGAGAGGGAUCCGUCAGUGCUUCACGUCACUCCAGCUGGGAGGAAGAAGAUGAGGGAGGCGUAAUGUGGAAUAAUGCUGGAUCCCAAGGCAGCAGCUCUUCCUACAAUUCUGGGGGCUGGGGAAGCAAGAAGGGAAACAAGGGUUCAGUAAAAAGUGGAGACUCUUGGAUGAACCCUAUGACUAGGCAGUUUUCAAACAUGGGGCUUCUGGGAGAGGAUCCCAGUGGCCGUCCAUUGGAUCUGGCCCCUGGUCCUCCUCAAGAAAAAAAGGUAGAUGCAGACAAACGAGGUGUGAGUUUGAAUGACUACAAUGGAGAGAUGCGCAAAGGAGGGCGUGGAGGAGGAGGUGGUGUAGUCUUCCGUUCCCCUGGUUCCAAAGAGGUUGGGCCUGGUGAGCCUGGGCCUUACUAUGACAAGCAGACCUUGCCUUUCACCAAUCAGGAUGGGUGCCUUGGGGAGGAGGGGCCUUGUUCUCCAUAUUCUUCGCCCACAGUCUUCAAACCCUCUCCCCUCUACAACCACCCCAAUCCCCCUAGACAAAUGGGUGGUCAUAUGUUUGGUGGUGGUGUUGGUGGGAUGGCGCAACCCAGGCACCAGCCAGGAGUGCCACCUGUUAACCCGACUGUACGAGCGCAAGUGCCUCAUCAGUUCCUGUCACCUCAGGUUCCAGGUUCUGUUUUGAAGCAAAUGCCUCCUCCAAGUGGGGGCGUUGGAGGAGUGGGUGGAGGGGUGUUCCCUCCUCAGCUCUCCCCACAGCACAUCGCCAUGCUCAGCAGCAUCUACCCCCCUCACAUCCAGUUUCAGUUGGCGUGUCAGCUACUCCUGCAGCAGCAGCCUCAGCAGCAGCAGCAGCAAAUGCUGCAGAACCAUCGCAAGUUCCCUCAAAAUGUACGUCAGCAAGCAGACCCACAACAGCUUGCCAGAAUCAUGGCUGUUCUCCAGCAACAGAGACAGCAGCAGCAGCAGCAGCAGCAGCAGCAGGUGGGUAGUGCAGUUGGGAGCUCUAAGCUGUCCCCUUCUCACCUUGGUAGUGGUGGCCCAAAAAUGCCGAUGUCUGACUCCCUCUCUCACCCCGGCCUUGGCGGCUCGGUAGCUGACCUGCAUCUGAAAUCGGCUACAUAUUCAGGGUUUGGUUCUGGUGUGAGUCUAUCUGGUCUUGAGUUGGGUCACAUGGUUGGUGGUACAGCUGGACUUAAAGAAGGUGGGGGACAGCAAUCCCGCUUUAAAUGGAUGAUGGAAGGUCACACGCCAGCUCCUUCCUCUCCAGACAAUGCACUUCACAAAAACGGCCCUGUUGCCGCUCCUCUGAAGAGAGGCAGUUCCCCAUACUCUCAGUAUGAAAUGCUUGGAGUAGAAGGUUUGGGGGUGCCUCUCCAAGGGUCUUCAGACAGCUGGCAGAGAAGUCCUGGGAACAAAAUGGGAGUCAAAACUGGCACAUCCAGCUGGCCUCCAGAAUUCCAACCUGGAGUGCCUUGGAAAGGAAUGCAGAGUGUUGACCCUGAGUCUGACCCCUACAUGACUCCUGGGAGUAUGCUAAGCUCAUCUGCAGUGUCAAGUCUCAAUGAUACUGAGCAUCAGUUGCUGAGAGAUAACACAGAAUCAAACCCCUCUCUGAACACCUUGCUGCCUUCACCUGGUGCCUGGCCCUACAGUGCCUCAGACAGCUCCCUCAACAAUGCACAUAACCCAGGUAACACAAAAGUUGAAGACUUGCAAAGAUUCUGUUAUGCUAAGUACCCCGAGUACAAACCAAGCUGGCCCCCUGAGCCCAUUGGACACAACAAGCCUUGGAAGACCAAUCGCAACACUUCCCAGCUGCCGCGCCCACCUCCUGGACUCGCCCAUCAGAAACAGCCCUCCACGUCCCCAUGGGCAGGAGGGACACCGCGACUGGGCAGAGGCUGGGCUGCCUCUGGAAGCAACCAAGAAAACAGAUAUGGGCCUGGUUCAGCAUGGAGUGAUGGCGGAGCUUCAAAGGGAAGUUGUUGGCUGGUGCUGAGUAAUCUUACUCCUCAGAUUGAUGGUUCCACUCUGCGCACUAUCUGUAUGCAGCAUGGUCCGCUGUUGACCUUUCACCUUGGUCUAACCCAGGGCAGUGCUCUGAUUCGCUACAGUACUCGCCAAGAAGCAGCCAAAGCUCAGAGUGCCCUGCACAUGUGUGUUCUGGGUAACACCACAAUCCUGGCUGAGUUUGUGAGCGAAGAGGAGGUUGCUCGCUAUUUUGCACAUUCCCAGGCAGGAGGGGCUGGGAGCACCAGUGGAGGCAAUGCGGGUGGAGCUGUUGCCGGGCCAACAGGAGCUGCGGGGUCAUCCAGCGCCGGAGCAGUGGGUGCUGGUAGCACAGGCAGCAUAACUGGCGGUGAAAGGGAGCGGCCUGGAGGUGGAAGUGCUGUUGCAGGAGGUAGUAACGGUGGUGGAGGUGGGCCUGCGGGCUCCAGCUGGCAGAGUUUGGACGGUACGGGCAGCUCCACUGACCCAGUCUCCUCCCAGGGCCCCAGCCUAAGCAUCUUCGCCCAGUGGAGCAAUGGUGCAGCUGGAGGCGGCGUGAGCAGCAGUACUGCAGGUGUGGAGCCAGCCAGGCAGGGGCUUUGGGGUGGCAUGGCAGCAGGAUAUCCCAGCAGCAGCCUGUGGGGGUCUCCAGCUUUGGAGGACCGGCACCAGAUGAGCAGCCCUGCAGCACUGUUGCCUGGAGAUCUGCUGGGUGGAGGGUCUGACUCUAUCUGACUGACACAACACACUUGCACACAAACACACAUGCAAACACACUUUAACAGCACACACAUAAAAAAUGAGUAAAAUUAAAAGCACCCUCUUUUGCAUCCACAGUUAAGUGAAUACAAGCACUCUCAAGCGGCAGUUUGCAUAUAUACCCUCGGUGUAGUGGAGAGACACCGAAUACAUUAAUAUAAAAUAAUUAGUAAAUGCAUUUGCCAACAGAACUAUAUCAUAUAUAAUUCGCCAACACAAGCACUCAAAUACAUGGAACACACACACAUACAAAAAUACAAAUGUACUCAAAUGCUGACAAACUGAAAUGUCAUUACAAAUGCCAAUAUGCAUUAUAGCAUAAGAGUUUCAGACAACACUGGUUACAGUUGUACACACACUGUUAAACACAUCAGUUUCACACAGGAGCUGUGUUCCAGACCCUGCUCUCCAUAAUCCAAUCUCCAUUAAAAAGUCCAUUCUCAGGAGCAUGGAGAUUUAGAGUAUGGAGCACAGUAAUUUUUUUUUUUUCUCAUAAGUAUUUGCAGUGUGAAACUGCUGACUGAUAUACAGACGCACACGCCUACACAUCCCUUGUACACCUUUUAUCCUUAAAUGAAGACUUUUUCAGCAAGACUUGAACAAAAAAGAUACAGUUGGACUUAAACACAAAUUCAACUGGAUAAAUUCUACAAUCUUUAUAUAAGAUCACACUCGCAUACUGAGGCAGCAUCACUCAGGCAUGCACUGUAGGAAAAAAUGGACAAAUAUAUAUGCAUCAUACAAUGUUCUAUGUGAUGUUGAACACUCAGCAUAGAGGAUUAAUUCAUAAUGUUACAACUCUCAUUUACUGGCAAAGUCAAACACACUUUACUCAGCCACGCUGAUGUCUGAUUGUAUCUGUUGUCUUUAUUUGUUUUAAAUGUGGAACAUUGGAAUCCAGAGAUGUUUCCCUCUUCCUUUAAUAUGCUGACCUCGUUUUUUUUUUUUUCUUUCUUUCUUUUCCUACUCAAUCAAGUUCGUCAUGACUAGUAUGUUCACUUGGAUGUUAAUUACCUGUACAAGGCACCCUUUUGGCCUGUGUGUGCAUGGAGAAGUCCUUAACGGAGAAGUCCUUAACGGAGAAGUUGAUAUGGAGUAUUAGUGUGGCAUCAGUGAAUGUGUCCAUGAGAGAUUUAUGAAGUGUGGCAUCUUUGCUAAUAUCUAUGCUAGUUAGGGAGGCGAAUAAAUGUAUGUGUGAUGGCUUAUUUCAGGUCUUUUGGCAUUUGUGUGCUGGAUAAGUGUAUGCAGAUAUGUCUGUGUGUGUGUGAGUGUACGUGGAAAGAACAUUGGCACUAAUGAAUAUUUCUUACGUUGUGGUUUUAGCAGCCUUUUUUUGUUUUAUAUAUUGUCUGAACUGCAAUAAUAUUAAAGAGAAAAGCUUUGUUUCUUU